AUGGCCACCGAACGAGCGAUUCCCAUACCAUUCGCAGAACCUCCCUGGCUCCUCGGCCAGCCAUCCCCGUACUACAACGAAUCACACCGGGCCUGGCAGAAGUCAUGUCGAGCAUUUAUCGACGAACACUUGUCUUCCCACGCCCGGGAAUGGGAAACCGAGGGCGACGUCCCGGACCACGUCUUCAAGACGUUCUCGAAGCACAACAUGCUGAUCCCGAAUCUGCCGGCACCCCUGCCGGUCAAAUUGCUGAAAAGCAUAGGCAUCACGGAAUUGUUGGGCGGGUUGAAGGUCGAGGAUUUCGACCACGUCCACUUCUCCAUCUACAUCAGUGAAAUGAGACGAGCGGGACUCGGGGGCCCGCCCUCCUCCUUGUCGACCGGCAUGGCCUACGGCGUGCCUCCGAUCAUCACCUACGGCAGCCCGCAGCUCCAAGAAAGGUUCCUUCCCGAGUUGCUGCGGGGGGACAAGCGAAUAUGCAUCGGUAUAACCGAGCCAGAUGCCGGGAGCGACGUCGCGAAUAUUUCGACUACGGCCAAGAAGACGGCUGAUGGCAAGUUUUACAUUGUGAAUGGUACCAAGAAGUGGAUCACCAAUGGGAUUUGGUCGCAUUACUGCACAAUGGCCGUUCGAACUGGAGGUCCCGGAGCCAGCGGACUUUCUCUUCUCGUUGUGCCGCUUCUAAACCACGAGGGCGUCUCCCUUCGCCGGAUCAAGACCAGCGGAAACACGACAAGUGGUACUACUUACAUCGAGCUUGAUGACGUCAAGGUUCCCGUUGAGAAUCUCAUUGGAAAGGAAGGGGCAGGGAUGAAGAUGAUCACCAACAACUUCAAUCACGAGAGACUGGCAAUCGUUGUCGGCAUCACUCGUAUCUCUCGCGUCGCGCUCUCCGCCGCCUUCGAAUAUGUGAUGAAGCGCGAGGCCUUCGGAAAGCCGCUCAUUGAGCAGCCCGUGGUUCGAAAUCGACUAGCCAGAUGCGGGGCGGAGCUUGAGUCUCUGUCUGCCUGGGUCGAGCAAUUCGUGUAUUCACUGUCGAAGAUGAAGAAGGAAGAUGCGGAUACCCAACUGGGCGGCUUGAUUGCCCUCGCCAAAGCCAAGGCGGGCUUGGUGCUGGAUGAAUGUUCACGCUGCGCAGUACUUCUCUUUGGAGGGAACGGCUUCACGAGGACGGGCCAAGGCGAACUGGUCGAGAAAAUCUACCGCGAAAUCCCAACCGCCCGGAUACCUGGGGGCUCUGAGGAUGUCAUGUUUGACCUGGCCGUCCGACAGCUGCUCAAGAACUACCGUGCACAGACAAAAGCCCUGGAGGCGGCGAGAUCUCCCAGGCUUUAA